AUGAACUCCCUCCGCCCCUCCCUCCGCGCCGCCUCCACCGCCGCGCGCUCCUUCAGCACCACCUCGCGCCGCGACCUCGCCCGCAUGAUCCUCACCGGCCGUCUGGGCACUGAGCCCGAGCUGCAAGCCACCGCCUCUGGCCGUGAGGUUAUCAGAUACGUUGUUGCUAGCGACUACGGUCGUACGCAGAGCCGCAAGACGGACUGGUUCCGUGUGGCUUCGUUCCCGGAUUCGGAAGGCCAGAAGAACUUUUUGCUUAACUUGCCUAAGGGUUCGCUUGUCUACGUCGAGGCCGAUACCAGCUUGCGUCAGUACGAGGAUGCCGAGGGCAAGAAGAACACGCAGUUGUCUCUUGUGCAGCGUGAGUGCCCACCAUGCCAUCAAGACCUCAAGAGGAAAAGCAAAAAAGAAACUGACUAA